CCCGACACUGCGUUAGCUCGACUUUGUGGCGCUUCUUCAGCUCUUCGUUUGAUGAACGUUAGUCGAUCGGACCACGUGGUUCAUCGAUGCCACUAAAGGACCAGUCCAACUCGACGGUCGUCAUGAAACCAGCAGUGGACGAGAUGUUUCCUGAGGGCGUUGGACCGUACGUUGACCUGGACGAGGCUGGGGGAAGCACAGGACUGCUGAUGGACCUGGCUGCCAAUGAGAAGGCAGUUCACCUCGAUUUCUUCAAUGAUUUUGAGGAUCUAUUCGAUGACGAUGACAUCCAGUGACAGACUUCAGAGUUGAUGGAUUAUAUUCUCGCCGCGCCACAUCUUUCUUUUCGGGUGCAAAGCAAACCGACCAUUUUCCGUCUAAUUACAUACAAUUUACUGUCGUGGAUGUUCUAGUUUCAGGCUUUUUAAAAAACAUCCUUAAACAGUCGUCACCGGCUCCAGAUGUUGUGAAAUUCUUAGGAUCCCAAGGAUUCUUCAUGUACGGUAUGUUUAAAUGAUGAGCUUGUCUCGCGCUCAUGUCUUCCACUGCUUCUAAACUGGAUUGCAGGUUUCAGUGUGCUGGAGAACACCUGUUCGGAGCGUAAUUAUACGUGUGACGGGUAUGCUGUCGCCCUGAAACAUGCCGCAGAUGGCAUACGAUGAACGAUGGUCGGCUAAAAUGAUUUGAAUGAUGGUCCCAUGCGUUCUGUGUUUGGUUCAAUAUCGGCCGUGUGUCCUGUUGUGUCGUUACUUUGCACGUAAGUGCACAGCAGUCUGUGCAUCUUCACUUGUAUUUUUGUGAUCAAAAGACAAUAAAUAGCGUUUUGUAUAAAUGAA